GCGUCGACCACCACCAACCGCCGAAACCGCGCCUUGGACGAGAAUGCUCAGCAAGUUAUGGACGUACACGCGGGAUGCUGAGCAUAACGUGAAGCUCUCGUACUUGUUUACGAUCACGUUUUGGUCCUGCCGCAGCAUUAUCUUCCAGCAAGUGCUGUCAGGGUACGUGUAUGUGCUCACGCAGUCAAAUGAGCCCGUGGGGAUGGUCAAGGGAAUCCAAGGCGUGGUGCAGAUGAUCUCUGCGGUUCCAGGGGGCUGGGCGUGCGACCAUUUUCGUCGCGAUACGAUCUUGAAGAUUUCGUCCGUGCUUGGUAUUUUCUGCGCGCUCUUGUCGGUCGUGGCGUUCUACAUGGGGCACUUGAUGAUGAUCUACGUCGCGUUUGGGUUUUGGGGUGUGUUUAGCGCGUUGCAAGGACCGGCGUUGGAAGCUCUGUUUGCCGACUCGAUCCCGAACGGCGAGCGAUCCUUCCCAAUCACGAUCAAGCACAUGCUCAUGAACACCGCCAUGGUCGCCGGCCCUGGUCUGUGCAUCGUGUUCUUUCUCAUCUACGGGGAUUCAUGGAGCCUGGAGGGGCUUCAGAACGUGCUAAUUAUCGGAACCGUCAUCGGCGUGCCGCCCCUUGUCCUGCUAUUCUUCUUCAACGACGACUUGGCGUACGAAAACUACACCAAGUCCUCACUCGAAAAGCCGCGCGCUUUGUCGUUUGUCGACGAGGACGGUGUCCUCGAGUUUGCCGUGGCCGACGACGAUGUCGACGCCAACCCUCGUGCGAGCGAAGCAUCCAAGUUGCUUGCGGGUUCCCCCGUCGCGGCGGCUUCUGACUCCACGUCUCCAAGCAGCGCCGCCCCCACGACGACUCUUUUGGCCGACAAUACAUUUUUGUGCUUUGGGCCCCGCCACGUCCCGUACUUGCUCUUCCUCGCGGACUUUGUCAUUUGCAACGGGGCGGGCAUGACUGUGAGCUUCUUUCCAGUGUUUUUUCAAAACGACUACGGCCUCACGCCAUCCCAAGUCAACAUUUUGUACUUUGUGCAGCCCCUGCUCAUCGUGGUGCUGUCGUACAUCACCCAGCGCCUUUCCACGUAUGAUUAUCUAUCUAUCUAUAUAUAAUAUAUAUAUUUGAACAAUAUAGGCGCACGGGCACGAUUGAAACGGUGGUGGUGACGCGUAUCUUUUCCACGUUGUGUCUUGGUGCGAUGGCGUUUGUGACGCCCUUGUCGUUGGAAAUCGGCCUCUUUUUACUGCGGAGCGGGUUCAUGCGGUGUUCGGAACCGUUGCGAACGUCGCUGAUGAUGGACUAUGUACCGCAGCACUUGCGCGGCCGGUGGAACUCGUUGGAAGGGCUGACCCAGUUCACGUACUCUGGCAGCGCCGUCGUGGGCGGGUAUUUGAUUGAACGCCACGGCUACCGCCUCUGCUUUUUCAUCACGGCGGUGAUUUACGUCGUGGGAGUCGCCAUCGAGUGCUUAUUGGUACCCAUCAUUCGAAACCACCACCGCAAACUCCAAGCCAAGUCGGCUGUGGUGAAAUUGGUGGCCGCGUAGGAUUGGUUGAACCGCCCCCCCCUCAUCCACUUGAAACAAACAUAUUAAAAGGCAUAUAAACUACACCCUGUCAUUCACACA